AUGGGGAACUGUCAUCGUCCAAUGAAAAGUUCUUCACAUUCAUCAAAGACACUUGUUAGACGUAAAGUUCCAGAAAAUCGUUCAGAUUCAUAUCAGAAGUCGAAUAUAAAUACAGAAGUUGAAAUAAACCACGAUGAACCAUUGAAAAUAACAUUUGAAGAUUUUAUUGAUCAUAUUCUACUUCUUCGCAAAGUGAUCAAUCACUCAGAUAUGACACAAGAUAGGAAGUUAUUAAAUCAAUAUAUUGAUGAAUAUUGUCAAAAAAUGGCUCGAGAAGAAAUGGUAACUGACGAUCAACGAUCGCAGCUCUCAUGGGAAAUCCUGUGGAUUUGGCACGUGCAUCGUUUGCAUCCAUUGGCCUAUUACAAUGAUUGUACUUCACAACUUCCAAACGGUCAACUUGUUGAUCCAAAAGUUCAAUAUGUUCUUUCGGAUGCAUCAACACACCGACCUCAUCCAUCAUUCAUUCCAUCAGUGAAUCUGGUGGAAGCUGUCAUUCGUCAACGUACUUUUCUUGAGAAAUUCAUGAAACAUUAUCUUUAUACAAGUGAUUUACAACAAAUGAAUCGCUCGUUCUUUCCAAAUAUGGUG